GUCCGACUACUAAACUGUAUCAGUGAAAGCUUGGCACUCCCUCAAUAUUUCAUGUGGUUAAAAUAUGCAAGCGCUCCAAUAACUGACAGCUGACCUUGACAUUUAAGCCAAGAUGGCCUCAACUGCACUUCUACGAUGCUGGAACAGAGGUGGACAGCUAUUGUUCAGAUCAAAAAUUACAAGCAAAGGUACUCUAUCAUGCCUUCUUCGUCCAGAUGCGACAACAAAAACAUUUUCAUUGACGCCAGCUUCAUCUGGGGCUCUGGACUACUUCCGAGCUAGGAGAGGUCCUUUCACACCUGCUGAAAAGCAAGGAAAUCACAUGAUCUUUACGUCAACACACUGGAAAAUUGAGAGAGUUUUGGCUGUCAGUAUGCUUGGAAUAAUGCCGUCAGCACUCAUAUUCCAAGGCCCAAUAAUGGACAUGGUACUGACAGUGACAGUGUUCAUGCAUGCUUUCUGGGCGUUUGACCACGUGUUGUCUGACUACCUUCAGAAAUUUAUACCAUUUAUCCAUAUCUUGUGGUACGCAGUUUCAAUUCUUGCAUUUGCCGGACUUAUGCACUUCAAUUACAAUGAUGUUGGAGUAACGAAAGCCAUUGCCAUGCUGUGGAAAAUGUAAAUGUACCUCUCCACUUGUUGUUUAAAUACUUUAGUGUCAUACCAGUGAAAAAGUGCUCUAUAUUUGCCAGAGGAACAAUGAAUUCUUUGAGACAAAAUGAUACAAUGUUGUGGUUAAGGUCAGUUAAGAUGUAUUUUUAGCAGAUUUCUAUGGCUUUCAAUGUCUGUUUUAGCAUUACUUUAAAUUUGAUUGCAUCCUUUAUUUAGUUAGAAACAGUUCUUCAAAAUAUUUUGUUGUAUCAAAAAAAAACCUAUUUCAGUGGACUAUAGAACUGUUUGUUUGUUAGUUUUGUUGUUUUAUUUUCGGUAUGUUAAAUAUUAUAUAGAUGGUAAAACAGUAUCUUUAAAUUCUGUUUAGAUAUUUAGGAUUGAAAAAGUUGUAAAGUAACAUGGAGGUAGACAUCUGCAGAUCUAUUCUUUGUAUUGCACUUUGCUUGAACACUUGUGUUAAAGUUUUAAUGAUGAAUCCUUAACAGUUUUGUAAAACUAAAUGCAACUACUAGUAGUAUUAACUCCAUCAUUGUAUUGUUUUAAUGUUUUUUAUUCUAUGUUAUAUUAUAUUGAACAACAGUCAAUGCUAAAUUCUAACCAAGUCUCGAGGUUAUAAAAAUAUUGAGAUUAUUUUGUGUUGGCUUGUUACAAUGCUACAGUUUUUCAUAUUUUAAUUAUAUGGAGACAUUCAGUAAUGAGCAAGGGAUCGAGAGAACGUGGAUUAUGGCAUGAUAAACAGAAAGGCAAAAAGUUCAGAACUCUGUAUAGGAAAACCUGUAUCUUGUGCAUUUCAAGAUUUCUAACUUGAUGUGCAAAAUUUUGAGACAUUUCGUGCAUUUCGUACUAAAAUAUGAAAUAGCUGAUUUUUUCAAGUAUAGUAGGAAGUUAUUUUUGAAGAGUAGAUUUGGUCAGAAGGACACAAAGCAAGUAAAUUAAAUGAACAUAAAAGUUAUCUUCCUUUUUGGACAUAAAAAAUAAUGUUUUAUUUAACAUACUUAAAAUACAAUGUAGAAUAUUAUAGCUUUUUUUCUGAAGGAGUUUUUUGUGUUUAUUAAAAGACAGCUGACGAAAAUUAGUUGAGACUUGAAAUCUUCAGCUAAGUGAGUAUGCUAUGGCUUUAAGUAUGUAUCACUUUUGUCUAAUUCAUAUACACUGUUCAUUUCUGGCUGAUGUGUAUGAUUUAUAUGUAACAUUUUAGUUAAUUAUCGAAGAUAAACAUUCAGUAAACUAGUUCAGUUUAUCCUCUGA